CCUCGCGAUCUCGACGAGUAUCAGUCCACUCAGGAAAAUCACAAUCUAACGCAAUGGCAGCUAAGUUCGUCGUAGUACUCGCCUUCGUGGCCACAGCCCAGUGCUCAGUGCUGGCGCCAGUAGCGAAUGUAGACGCCGACUUCAGCAGCUUUGCGUACGAUGUCGCUGAUCCCAACACCGGAGACUUCAAGAGCCAGGUGGAGACCCGCGUGGGUGGUGCCGUGAGCGGCCAGUACUCACUACUUGAGUCUGACGGCACCAAGCGCACCGUGGACUACACCGCCGAUGACGUUAACGGCUUCAACGCUGUUGUACGCAAGGACCCAGCUGUAGUCGCCGCUGCUCCUGUGGUCGCUGCUCCCGCUGUGGUUGCUGCCGCUCCCGCUGUUGUUGCCGCUCGCACCGUCGCCGCUCCCGCCGUAGUUGCUGCCGCCCCCGCUGUGGUCGCUGCCCAUACCGUCGCGGCUGCUCCCGCGUACUACGCCCGCAACUACGCCGUCCCCAGAUACUACGCUGCUUCCGCACCUUUGGUAGCUUCCCGCAGCGUGGGACCGGUCGUGGCCUACCAGUCCACCGCCCCCGUGGCCUACACCGCUGGUGCCCACGUGGUCGGCUCUGCUUACCGCACCGUGGCUGCCCCCGCGGUAGUCUCCCGCGCCUACGGCCCCACCUACUACGGCUCUCCUCUGACUUACGCCGCCUACUCCGCUCCCGUCUCAUACUGUGGGCUCGUUCUAUGGCCCAGAACGGAGCACCGUGGAAGGAUUUGGGGAAGGGCUUUGCCCAUCUGUGGGACACAAACAGAUUUGAUCAUGUCAUUUUUGUGUCAGUUCGUAGUUCUCGCCGCCUUAGUGGCCGUGGCCCACUGCUCCGUGGUGCCAGUCGUGCGAGUAGACGCCGCCGAAGACUCCAGCAGCUUCUCAUACGACGUGGCCGACCCCAACACCGGCGACUUCAAGAGCCAGCACGAGACCCGCGUGGGAGACUCCGUGAGCGGCCAGUACUCCCUGCUCGAGUCUGACGGCACCAAGCGCACUGUGGACUACACCGCCAACGACGACGGCUUCAACGCUGUUGUCCGCAAGGACCCCGCCGUGGUGGCUGCUCCCGUGGUCGCCGCCCCCGCUGUGGUCUCCGAGCCCGCCGUGGUCGCCGCCCGCACCGUGUACGCCGCUCCCUCCGUGUACUCCGCCCCCGCCGUGUACCCCGCUCACGCUGUGUACGCCGCUCCCUCCGUCUACUCCGCCGCCUACUCUCCCUCUUACUACUCCUCUGUCGUCGCUCCUUCUGCCUACACCUCGGUCGUAGCUCCCUCAGCGUACUCCGUGCCCGUCGCUUACGCUGCGCGCUGGUAAAUUCGGUCAAAACUUGUACUCCAUUGUAUAUAUUUUAAGUUUAAGUAAAAAGUGAAACUACC